ACGUGGGGGCAAUACUCAAAAACAAUGUCUCUCAGAUCUGGUUGACAGAUCACCACCCAGCGGUUCCGAAUAACAGAAUAUCCACCGCCACGUCUUUCCGUAUAUCUCACUCCUCUUUCUCUUUCUCUCUCUAGAACCGACAUCACUCACUUUCUCUCCAUUUUCGCCAACCUUCUUACACACUCUCUCUCUGUGAAAACAGUUUAACUAAUGGCGAAUUUCACUGUUAAUCGCGUCGAAACCUCGCCGAUUGAAGGCCAAAAGCCUGGCACUUCUGGACUCAGGAAGAAGGUCAAAGUAUUCACCCAACCGCAUUACUUGCAUAACUUUGUUCAGUCGACAUUUAACGCUCUUUCUGCGGAGAACGUUAAAGGUUCUACCCUAGUUGUUUCCGGUGAUGGUCGUUACUACUCAAAGGAUGCGAUCCAGAUUAUUAUCAAAAUGGCAGCUGCAAAUGGAGUAAGACGUGUUUGGGUUGGUCAAAACGGACUUUUAUCCACACCUGCUGUAUCAGCAGUUGUACGUGAACGAGUUGGGGCUGAUGGUUCCAAAGCAAACGGGGCGUUUAUUUUGACAGCCAGUCACAACCCAGGUGGUCCCAAUGAGGAUUUUGGAAUCAAAUACAAUAUGGGAAAUGGUGGGCCAGCACCUGAAGGAAUUACCGACAAAAUCUUUGAGAACACUAAAACAAUAAAGGAGUAUUUUAUCGCAGAAGGCCUACCGGAUGUGGAUAUCUCGGCAAUUGGAGUUUCAAACUUUUCAGGUCCUGACGGUCAAUUUGACGUUGAUGUUUUCGACUCGUCAAGUGACUAUGUGAAAUUGAUGAAAUCGAUCUUUGAUUUCCAGUCCAUCCAAAAGCUAAUUACCUCUCCACAAUUUAGUUUCUGUUAUGAUGCACUUCAUGGAGUUGCUGGAGCUUAUGCUAAACGUAUAUUUGUUGAGGAGCUUGGUGCAAAAGAGAGCUCGUUAUUGAACUGUGUUCCCAAGGAAGAUUUCGGUGGUGGACAUCCUGAUCCCAACCUUACUUACGCAAAAGAGCUGGUAGCAAGAAUGGGAUUGGGUAAAAACCCUGAUAGUAACCCACCGGAAUUCGGUGCUGCCGCUGAUGGUGAUGCUGAUAGGAACAUGAUCCUUGGUAAAAGGUUUUUUGUUACACCGUCAGAUUCUGUUGCUAUCAUUGCCGCCAAUGCAGUCCAAUCUAUACCCUACUUUUCAUCUGGAUUAAAGGGUGUUGCCAGGAGUAUGCCAACGUCUGCUGCUCUUGAUGUUGUAGCCAAAAGUUUGAACUUGAAGUUUUUUGAGGUACCAACUGGCUGGAAAUUCUUUGGUAACUUGAUGGAUGCUGGAUUAUGUUCAGUUUGUGGUGAAGAAAGUUUCGGAACAGGAUCGGAUCACAUCCGUGAGAAGGAUGGAAUCUGGGCUGUCUUGGCUUGGUUAUCCAUUCUUGCUCAUAAAAACAAGGACAACCUUAACAGUGGGACCCUUGUAACUGUUGAAGACAUUGUAAAACAGCACUGGGCUACCUUUGGACGCCACUACUACACUCGCUAUGAUUACGAGAAUGUCGAUGCAGGUGCUGCAAAAGAACUAAUGGCACACUUGGUCAAGUUGCAAUCCUCUAUUAGUGACAUUAACGAAACCAUAAAAGGAAUACGAUCUGAUGUGGCGAAUGUUGCAAGUGCUGAUGAAUUUGAAUACAAAGAUCCUGUUGACGGUUCAAUCUCUAAGCAUCAGGGAAUUCGUUAUUUAUUUGAAGACGGUUCACGUUUGGUUUUCCGUUUAUCAGGGACGGGGUCAGAAGGCGCCACAAUUCGUCUUUACAUCGAGCAAUACGAAAAGGAUUCAUCCAAAACUGGAAGAGAUUCUCAAGAAGCACUUGCUCCUCUGGUGGAGGUUGCACUAAAGCUGUCAAAGAUGCAAGAAUUCACAGGUCGUUCCGCCCCCACUGUGAUUACAUAAAUAAAUACACAUACAUGCUGUCGCUGUUGCUGUCGCUGUCGCCUACAGGGUAUGUAUUUUGAGUGCUCUUAUAGAAAUAAAGUUUAGCUUUUCGGGAUCACAUGUCUAGUUUGUUAAAUGUUUGAAGAUUUACAAUUUUUGUUGCCCUUAAUAAUUCAGUUGUAUCAUGAGAGUAUUUACCAACAAUGUCCUGAAGUUACGGCUAUUUUAUUUCAUACGAGGCUUGACAAACGAUUCGGUAUCA